ACGUGAGUCCUCUGCCAGGGCUCGGCUGUGGGUAAGGCGACACUUCCUGCCCUCUGGGGCCGGGGUGACAGAGGCGAGCUGCUGAGUGUGCACAUCUUCGGAGAGUACACACAUGCCCCACGCUCCAGGGGCUCCCGUCUCAGGCCGCCCCCAUGGAGCUCCCCCUGGCCCAGAUACCCGCCCAAGGAAGUUGCGAAGCCCCUGCCGCCACCUUCAGCACCUUCCAGCCCGUGGGAUUGCCCCGCAGAAGCUGCCAGGGCCUGAGCCUGCCUCAGGGGCCCCGGCUCCAGCUCCAGGCACCGAAGGCUGUGGAGGCCCAGGCCAGCCCCAGGGUCCCCGCUGUCCCGGCCGCGGCUUGUGCUCAAGCCCCAGGGCCUGCCUCCAGCCCGGAAGAUGCAGAGAAGGCCGAAGCGGCGUCUGAGGAAGGCGGCCAGUCCCUGCGGGCCGAGACCCGGGCGUGGUUCCAGCGGACCCAGGCCCACUGGCUCCUGCAGCAAGGGGCGGCCCCCGCCUGGUUCCAUGGCUUCAUCACCCGGAGGGAGGCCGAGAGGCUGCUGGAGCCCAAGCCUGAAGGGUGCUACUUGGUGCGGUUCAGCGAGAGCGCUGUGACCUUUGUGCUGACUUACAGGAGCCGGGCUCGCUGCCGCCACUUCCUGCUGACCCAGCUCGGGGACGGGCGCCACGUGGUGCUGGGCGAGGACAGCGCCCACGCACGGUUGCAGGACCUGCUUCAACACUACACUGCAUGUCCGCUCAGCCCCUACGGGGAGACGCUCAGCGAACCCCUGGCCCGCCAGCAGACUCCUGAGCCUACAGGACUUUCCCUAAGCCGUGAAAUGUCAGACUCCGGAGACAAAAGCCUGGAGAUAUCAGACUCUGAGAAAAAAACCCACCCUCAGUAUAGCCCGAUCCUCAAAAAGUUGCCAAACGCAGACGCCACGCAGAGGGAAGGCGCCGCGGAGCCGCCGGAGCCUAAGGAGCCCACCCCACCGCGGCCUGGCCUUCUCUCCCAGUCUCCCCAGCCCCCCAGGUCCAAGCCUCCCGUGCCCGCCAAGCCUCAGCUGCCCCCCGUAGUCUACACAAACCCGGCUUCGCGGCCCCGCCCGGCCCCGCCCCCCAAGCCCUCCAACCCCAUCUACCACGAGCCCGACGAACCCAUCGCUUUCUACGCCAUGGGCCGGGGGAGCCCCGGGGAGCCCCCCAGCAACGUCUACGCGGAGGUGGAAAUGCAGCUGCCGCCAGCGGCUGGGGGCCCGCCCUGCGCCCUCGGGCACCCGGCCCUGCGGAAGUGCCUGUCCAGGCCUGGCCCCCAAAGCCAGAACCCAGCUGGCCAGCAGCUGCAUUCUGAUAACUCCGUGACCGGUCAAGGCCCUUCUGUGCCCCACCAGCCCCUGCCCUGCUGGGGGCACACCCUCCCCCACAAGCUUUCUAGACAGAGGACAGAGGACAGAGGACAGGCGUGGCUCUCCCUGGGGCCCCCUCGGUAGCCCGGAAAUGUCAGAGAUCUCCUCGGAUGGGAAGCCUGGCGACUUUCCAGAGUUCCACUGCAUGGGGGCCUGGGUUCCGGUUCCCUCCCCCAC